AUGGCGCCGGGAAGAAGUUUGUUGCUCAAGGUCAUUGUCCUCGGGGAUAGCGGGGUUGGUCAGACCUCCUUGUUGGACCAAUAUGUGUGUAAUCGGUUUAGUCUGCAGCACGAAGCGACUAUUGGUAAAGAUUUCCUGACGAAGGAGAUUCAGAUUGAGGAUGAUGAGAAUGUUAUUCUACAGCUUUGGGAUACUGCUGUACAAGAAAGACAGAGCCUUGAUCCAUAUUUCUUUAGAGGCGCAGAUUGCUGUGUCCUGGUAUUUGACGUUAAUGUCUCCAAGUCCUUUGACUCCCUCCAAUAUUGGCACCAGGAGUUUCUUAAACAGGCAAUUCCAUCGGAUCCAAAGACAUUUCCGUUCGUAGUGCUUGGAAACAAGGUUGACAUGGAUGGAGGGAGCAGUAGAGUGGUCUCCGAGAAGGAAGCAGCUGAGUGGUGUGCUUCAAAUGGUAACAUACCUUAUUUCGAGACAUCAGCAAAAGAAGACUACAAUGUUGAUGAAGCAUUCUUUACCAUAGCCAAAAUCGUCGUCGCGAAGGAACAUGAACUGGAUAGAAUAUUAUCGGAGGAAAAGGAAGAGGAAGAAAGCAGUACUUGGUCCUUUGAAAAUUGUGAAGAAACAGAGGAAGUCAACGUGGAUGGUCGUCUCUCACCAUGA